CACAAAGCUUGGCGGCGUCUUCAUCGUCGAUCCCAAAGUCCGCUUCCGAGAUUCCGAGGUCGGCUCUUCACUGAGAACCCCGGGCCCGCACAUUGUAGAAGCAGGGGCUUUAUGACCAACUGCGGGGAAACGUUUGUGGCGAAUGUCAAAUAUAUGUUUGAAGGAACUCCAGUGAAAUCGCAACCGAUUCCGGCCGGCCUCUGCAACUAUUCGCCAUAGCACAUGCACCUAUAGGUGGCCGACUCGCGAAAUGGAAAAAUCAGCAAAGACACCCGCACAUGACUAUAGGCGUUAUGUUCCGCCAAAAGGAAAGUACUUAUCAAGUAGAGCUUAGCUUCAUUACCUUGUUCUCCUUUGCAACAAGUGGUGUACAGCUAACAACGAGCAGACUGGUCGCGGUUCGAGGGGAUAGACGUCAGUGAUCCUCAUAAGUACUCAGAGGCUAUCCUGAAAAGUCCACAUCUAGAGACUAUCCGGGAAGACUGGAGAAAGAAACUCGAUGUCCCAUUCUACGGCGUCACAAACGAUGGGAAAAGGAGGGAAGGCCUGUAUCACAUUCGAGACGAAGGCGCUCCAACGAAACAGAUGGUUGACGCGGCUCGCAGAGUGCUAGACUCACUCAGUCCGUCCGAAAAAGCAGACACAGUCCACGACUUGGAUUCGGAUACAUGCAGAAGAUGGAGUAAUCCAGAGUUUGUGUUGCAUAAAUGCGGUGUACGCCUCGAGGACCUCGAGAAAACGAAAACAGAGACCAUCAUAGGUCUUUUGGAGCAAUCUCUGAGCCCGAGUGGCUUUGCCAAGGUCCGAGGGGCCAUGAAAGUGAACAAGUUCUUGGGGGAAAUUUGUGGAAAAGAAGCCAUCUUGAACGAACACAGCUAUUCUUUCACGUUAUUCGGCGAGCCCUCAGAAACAGAGCCCUGGGGUUAUAUGUUGUUUGGCCAUCAUCUAUGCUUGAACGUUUUCAUCGCUUGCCAGCAAAUGGUGAUAGGACCAGUCUUUAUCGGCGCUGAGCCAAACAUCAUUGAUGAAGGUCUCGACAAGGGUCUCACGCUGUGCGCCAACGAGGGCCAGCUAGGCCUACAGCUGAUGCAGUCUUUACCUCCGAUGCUGCAACAGAAAGCUCAAAUAUACCCUACAAUGAAAGAUCCUGCAAUGCCAGAAGGUCGGUGGAACCCAGCCGACCAGAGACACAUGGCUGGAGCCUUCCAAGACAACCGCGUGAUUCCUUACGAAGGCAUUGUUGUCACCGACAUGUCCGAAGAGCAGCAAAUACUCAUCAUGGCUAUUGUGCAUGAGUUCUUGGCCUUAUGGCCUGCUGAGCCACUCCGUCACCGUUUGAAGCAGAUACUAAAGCACCUCACCGAAACGCAUUUCUGUUGGAUUGGCGGGUUCGGAGAAGAUGACCCUUUCUAUUACCGUAUUCAGAGUCCGGUGGCACUCUUUGAGUUUGACCACCACUCGGGGGUCUUCCUGACCAACAAAGAGCCCGCCAAGUAUCACAUCCACACGAUCCAGAGACUUCCGAAUGGCAAUGACUACGGGAGGGCACUGCGGGAACUGCUCCGACCUCGAUAGGAAAUGGACGAUCGAGUAUCCUCGAGGCUUUUUCUUCCGAACCGCACUUUGUUGGACGAAACUUGUAACAUCUCCAGUUUUGAGUUUAUUGAGUGCCGAGCGUAGGAAUCACAUCCUGUCUUGGCGCGUUGUUAGGUGCAUAAGGAUCGCCACGGCCCGCUCAAGGCAACCAAACGGAUUAUCUGAUUGACUUAACCACCAUUCGUACGUCAUAUGUCAGCCGCAUGGCUGUGGGUUCUCGAGGUACAGUUUUCGUAAUGUGCCAAGACGUUGUUAUGGCGAAGCACUUGGCCUCGCGACCGUUGGCGGAGGUGAUGCGCCGUGCUCGAGCCCGCCGUCUUGGCCCGCAGGGCUUCACGGCUCGGGAUUCUGAGUCGGCGGUGAUCGCCACAAGUGACAUCAGCCUCCGGACAAGAAUGAACGACAGCAUUUUGAGCAUCAUGUCGUUGGAAUACCCUCGUGGAACGAUGCGUUCUUGGGACUUCAUGGAGCCCCGUUCAGUUGCACUUUAUUGCCCGAAUAGCAACGGAGAAUUGACUCUCAAUUCUUGCAGUUUUGUAUCUUGCGUUCCAAACCUCAAUGAUAUAAGAGACAUGAUGCAGCCAACGGCUUCAGGGAGGGAUAAUCAGUCUAGUCCCAAACCUUAACAAUCCAGUCUCGGAGAUUAAUUAUCCAGUCACAACCUUCCAACAACGUCAGCCC